GCCGCGUUUGACAGUUCUCACACGAGUAAAUAAACAAGCAUCGGAAUUUUGACCGUUCUGAGUCGGAUUUCGCCGAUUUCUCAAAAUUUCAUCAGAUUUCUAAAAAGUUGAGUGAGUUCCGACCGCAAUGUUGCUGCGAAACAUCGAGCUGGAAAAGGCGGCCUGCAUGCUGGUCAACUGGUACGAUCAGUUCCGCAAGAACACCAUCAAGGCCCAGAUCGUUCCCGUUCCGGACGAUGUUUUGGAGUAUCUCCGGCAGGAUUUGGUCAUUUUGCCAAAGGAGUGCUCCGUGCUAAGCUCGUCCGAUACUUCCAAAACGAAGCACUUCAACACCUAUAACGAUGAGUUCAGCGACGAUGAGGAGGAGCUGCCCGCCUUCCCGGAAUUCAGUAAAAAACUUUCCGAUUCCAUCGAGAAGCUGGGCGGAUCGGCAUUCCUCAAAAGUGACUGGCACAGUCCGAAGGACGCCCAGUGGAUCACGCUGGGGCAGAGUUUGAAAGUCAAGGACAUCACCGACGCGUACCAGCUGCUCAAGGCGUCCAGCUUUUGCAAGGAGGACUUUGCCGAGCGUUCGUCGCCGGCCAACGGCGGCGGCUUCCACGUGGUGCUCAAGAAGUGGUGCGACAUCCAUCCGGGCUCGGAGUUCCGGUGCUUCGUCAAGGGUCGCUCUCUGGUGGCCAUCUCGCCGCGGCAUUGGCCCUCGUACCACGAGCACAUUGCCACCGAGCGGAACGACAUCGUCAGCGAUAUCGUGUCGCUGUUCAAGGAGAAGAUCAAGGAGGCGUUCCCGCUGAAGGAUUACGUCUUCGACGUGUACCGGCCGGCCAAGGACCACGUGGUCAUCAUGGACUUUAACGUGUACGGCAAGGGCCACUCGGACAGCCUGGCGUUCGACUACGACCAGCUGGAUGCGGACGCGGUCACGGCCACGAUCGAGGAGGAGGACGUGCCGGAGUUUCGCUACCUGCCAGAGGAUUGCGGGAUCCAGCCAAAUCCAAGGAACAACUACGGAUUUCCGCAGGAUGUUCUGGAGAUGUUUCAGGGAGCGAGCGGUGCAACGGGACAACCGGCGGAGGGUGACGGGUUGAUCCACAGGCUGAUGGACGAGUGGAACCUGCAAACGAAUGGGGACGAUGAUGAUGAAUAAGCUUUGAAUGAUGCAAAA